GCGUGGGGGACAGUGCGGGUCGCCGCCGGGAGCCAUGGGCCAGGAGUUGCCGUGGCUCAACCACUCCGGCAGCCCACGGGCGGCAGGCAGCGGUUGUACGGGGGACGGGCAGCGCGGAGGGCCCUUCGCAGCCGCCACCGCCGGGCUGCUGGCGGCUUUCAUGGGGCUGCUGGUGCUGGCCCCCGUGCUGGGCAAUGCCCUGGUCAUUCUGGCUUUCCUGGUGGACCGGAGCCUCCGUAAACAGGGCAACUUCUUCCUUAACCUGGCCAUCGCCGACCUCCUGGUGGGCGGCUUCUGCAUCCCACUGUACAUCCCCUACGUGCUGACGGGCGAGUGGAGACUCGGCAGGGGCUUGGGUAAGCUGUGGCUGGUGGUAGACUACCUGGUGUGCACCGCCUCAGUCUUCAACAUCGUCCUCAUCAGCUUCGACGGGUUCAUCUCGGUCACCAGAGCGGUCAGUUACUGGGCUCAGAAGGGGAUGACCAGAAAUGCAGUGCUGAAGAUGAUCACUGUAUGGAUUGCUGCUUUUCUUCUCUACGGUCCAGCCAUUCUGAGUUGGGAGCACAUUGCCCAAAAGAGCAUUCUCCCUGAAAGAAAAUGUAAUGCAGAAUUCUUCUACAACUGGUAUUUCCUAAUGAUUGCCUCUACUAUUGAAUUCUUUACACCUUUCAUCACUGUUACAUACUUAAGUAUUUACCUCAACAUCAGGAAAUGCACAUCCCUCAGGAAAGAAAACCUACCACCUCUUCAAGAGGACUGUGAAAUGAGUUUCCCAGGGGAAAAAAGGGAACACACUCUAUUUUUUGUAAAACCUGCUGACAGACACAAACAUGAGAAGAGAGCUAGUAGCUUUUCUCCCCCCAAAAAGGCUUCAAGGGUUAGCAAACAUAAGCAUGGCAAUCAGUCACAAAAUUUGAAUGUCAGUGAAGACCUUCCACCACUCCAGGUGGAAGUCGAGACCAAGCCUCAUAGGAGUGGUUUCUACAAAACUACAGAAGGCAUAUACAGCACUAUCAGCAGAGUGGACACGGCUGACACCAUGGCAAACAGAUUUAGACUUUCCCGGGAUAAAAGAGUAGCAAAGUCUUUAGCAAUUAUUGUAUGUGUGUUUGGUUGGUGUUGGGCCCCAUAUACACUUUUGAUGAUCAUCAGAGCAGCUUGCCAUGGCCACUGUGUUCAGUAUUCACUCUAUGAGACCUCAUUUUGGCUUCUGUGGGUGAACUCAGCCAUUAACCCUGUUCUAUACCCUCUGUGUCACAUGAGCUUCAGGAGAGCCUUUAUAAAACUCCUGUGUCCGGGAAAAGCCAAAAUUCAUCCUCAUAUUUUUAUGUGAAAAGCAUGAAGUAUCUUCCUUUCAGUGGGAGCAUGAACUGGCUAAUACUGAUCUGCAAAUACUACAAUCAUCCACAUAGCUGGAGAAAUCACAGCAAUGAAGAGAAAGAUAAUUUCUCAAAGCUCUUUGGGAAUUAUGACGACAGUAUAUUUUCUGGUAAUGGUGCACUAGCAUUACAGUGCUGAAAAGGGAAUACAACAUUUAUGGCCAAUAAUAAAAGUUCAGGCUCUUUCACUUUUCAUGAUUGUAAAUCCUGUUGGUAAGGAAUUUCAUAAAGUCUUAACCUUGAACCUGUUACAUUUUACCCCCAAACCCACUCUAAGAUACCAAGGGUCUCAGCUGUUAAAUGUAGGAUGCUUUUCCCUCCAUUUAGUGACAAGCCAGAUGAGAUCAUGACCAAUGCAAAAAACUAAAUACUGGUGUCUAGGAAAAGCAUGGAACAAGAAGAACCGGACUGGUCAGGUUAACAGAGCAGCUGAUCAAUUGUAGCAGGUAAGACAGCACUGAUUUCAGUGGAAAAGGUGACUAAGAAAUUGUAGAACUAAGUUCAAUAAUAGGAAUAAAAAAGGUGUUUGAGCUCUGGAUAUAAGCUAUGAGAAUUGAGAGGGUUCAUGUACUGGAUGAGUUUCCCACCUCAGCUAUGAUUUCCUCCCUGCCCCUGCCUGGAUCCUGCAUUGGCAGGAAUCUACUCAAGUCAAGCCUCCGCUCCUCCUCACAAGACUGACAAGUAUUACUCUUCUAUCUUUUGCUGUAAGUAUUGAGUAAGCAUGAUUAGUCUGAGAUGUAUGUCAGACAGAUCUUGCUAUAGACACAGCUUUAGGUAAACUUCGCUUGGAGUAAUUUUUACAUUUCCAAUUAGCCUUCUACUAGCUCUGAAAAAAUGUUGUCUUCCCCUACCUAAUCCAUUGGAUCAAGUCACAGUGGAAAAAAAAAAAAAAAAAGAUCUGAAGUGUUCAGACAUUUUCAAAGUCAUGCAUCACGAAAACCACAACUUAGAAAAGUCUGUUAAACUUUAUAGCCUUGCUACUGUGUGUUUGAAAAUCAAGAACCAACAACUACAUACUGCUGUUGCCAUUUUGCCUCUGCCACUAGAGAAGCUUGAACAGGUAGAUCGCAAGUUUUGACUAGACUUGUCCUAUAA